CCAAAGGUACUCAGAAGAGUGGAGACUGGCUGAAGAGUCCCCCCAAGGAUGGUUUUUGAAACUGUCCUGACCGUUCUCAAAACUCUAGAGGGACAAAAAGGAAAACCUUUUUUCUAAACAGACAGAGGAAGAGCACGAGGAAGAGGAAGAGCUCCAUCACUCUCAAAAGUCCUUGGUGAAGAAGAUUAUUUGCACCGUUUAAACCACCAUCAUGUGGCUCCGGGUGUCAAUGCUUUGUCUGUCCUGUCUGGUGCUGACCGGAGAGAGUCAGGAUCAGGACCGAGCCCUCCUGCAUCACACCAAAGACCGCGACGGACGCUGCCAGUACACCUUCACCGUGGCCAGUCCAGACGCAUCCGGCUGCCAGGACAGGAGCGGGGAACUGGAGGUGAAAGGUGUGCUGUCCCGUCUCACCCUGCUGGAGGCUCUGGUCAGCCGGCUGGUAGGAGGAGAGGAGGGAGCCACUGCUGCCGGGCCUGAGGCCAAAGGAGGAGAGGGUCUCCAGGGGGCGUACUCCCGGGUUAUGAGGGAGAGAAACCAACUCCAACAAGACAAGGAGCGUCUGAACAAACAGGUCCGCGAGCUGCAGAGGAGGGUGGACAAGCUGAGCCUUGAAGCCGAGACCCUCAGGCAGACGCCCUGCUACAAGACCCAUACCUCUGCAGGGGCCCUGCAUGAAAACAGCCAGAGACCUGCCAGUGACCCUGCCUAUGAGCUUGGCAACACUUCCUAUCAGGAGAUGAAGGCUGAGGUGACAGAGGUACCAGCAUCCUAUCUCAUUCCUGAAGGAGGUCGAAACUUCACAGGCUGUGGAGAGGUCGUGUCAGUAGGCGAGCCAGUCCUUCACAGGAGGGCGGACAGUAUCACAGGGAAGUAUGGCGUGUGGAUGCAGGACCCGGAGCCUCAGGCUGCCCCGUACACCAAAAAGACGGUGUGGCGCAUCGACACAGUGGGAAAAGAUGUCCGUCAGCUCUUUGCCUACGAGGAUAUGGAGCAGUUCUCACGGGGCUUUCCGAUGAAGGUGCUGGUCCUGCCCGAGCCAGUGGAGAGCACAGGGGCCACAGUAUACCGCGGCUCCCUCUACUACCAGCGCCAGCGCAGCCGCACCCUGAUCCGUUACGACCUGGCCUCUGAGAGUUCCGUGGCCCGCCUGGAACUGCCCCAUGCCAGUUUCCAUGGCCAGCACCCUUACUCCUGGGGAGGCUACACUGACAUCGACCUGGCGGGGGACGAACAGGGCCUGUGGGCUAUCUACAGCACAGGCAAGGCCAAAGGAGCCAUCGUGAUCUCCAAGCUGGAUCCGGAGAAUCUGAGGGUGAUGAAGACCUGGGAGACUAACAUGCGCAAGAACACGGUGGCGAAUGCGUUCAUGGUGUGCGGCCAUCUGUACACGGUCUCCAGCUACACGGCUCCCAACACCACCAUCAACUACGUCUUCGAUACGGCCACCGGCACGAGUCGGGCCAUCGCCAUCCCAUUCAAGAACAAGUACCGCUACAACAGCAUGGUGGAUUACAACCCCGCCCAGAGGAAACUGCACGCCUGGGACAAUUUCCACAUGAUCACCUAUGAUGUUAGGCUGGGCAGAGUCAGCACUGGCAGCAGCUAAAGAAGACGGAGAAAAGGGGACUGCUGUCAACAGCACUGUGAUGGAUGAAAUCAGAGAGCAAGUGAACAGGGUAGACCUUAACAUUUAAAAUGGGUUUCUGGACUAACAUCAUCACGAGGCCUUGAUAUUCAUGUUAUUGCCUCUUCUCAAUCUAUUUUUUUUUACCUAUGUGUGUAAAUAAGUUAUACGUUGACAAUGAAAGGCUCUUUGUGUUCUCUUCUACAGUAGAUCUGGCUGAAGUAUAUUUGAGGAUAUUUCUGUCAUUGUAGGCAGCACGGUGGCCCAGUGGUUAGUAAGGUUGCGUCACAGCAAGAAGGUCCUGGAUUUGAACCUCAGGCUGUCCCAGGUCCUUUCUGUGUGGAGUUUGCAUGUUCUCCCCAUGUCUGCGUGGGUUUCCUCUGGGCACUCCGGUUUCCUCCCACCAUCAAAAAGACAUGCAUGCUACGGUUAAUACUACUGCCUGUGCCCCUGAGCAAGGCAAUGGAAAGAAGAGCUGGAGUUGGUCCCCGGGCGCUGCAGCUGCCCACUGCUCCUAGCUGCAGUGUGUGUUGGGCUGGGUUAAAUGAAUUUCCCCUCGGGGAUUAAUAAAGUACAUCUCAUCUUAAAA